CGCGACUGCCAGUUGCUCACCAGACAGCUGUUCGAUCAUGCUUCACUGGAUGUAGAACCCGAAAGCCACUUUAUUAGCCCCACAUCUCCGACUGGUAGUACCCAUGACGCGAGCAUCUCGGAUGGGGUAUCCAUCUCCCACUGGACCUUUCGGCCCUCCGAACUAUACCCACCCAAUGAAACCGUCCCCUUUUGUGCGGCUCAUACGAUCGAACGAUCCACCCUCAGACGAAUAUCUGAACAGCAUAUGUUCUCAUAUUGCGCCAUAUGAAUCCCGCUUGGCCGAAAUCGAUGCCCUCAUGGACGAGCGCGCCGCCCUGCGCGCAUGCGUCGACACGCACCGUGGACUCGCCUCACCCCUCCGCCGUCUACCCACCGAACUUCUAGAGACAUUGUUCAUCGCAUGUCUGCCGGAGAAGCAUAACGCUCUACUGGCAAUGACAGAGUGCCCAUUGUUGCUGACGCAUGUGUGUCGUCGCUGGCGCACUGUUGCACUAGCGCUGCCGAGGCUAUGGUGUUCGGUCCACGUUCCGAUUGUGUAUUUGAUGUACAGUGAGGAGCGUCGUCGGCUGCUCCGACAGUGGCUGGAGCGGUCGCGAGAGCUGCCAUUGUCAUUGUCUGUUCGGGGUGUGCAGCCCGGUUCGGGCCUUGAAGAGGAUGAGGAUGAGUGGGUUGAUGAGAACGGUUGCAUGACUACGGGAUCGAAAGCGGCUUUCCGAAUCGUUGCAAAACAUACGCACCGUGCUCGUCGCCUCGAACUCACCCACAUCGAUGCGUCAGAUCUAGAGGUAGAAGGUUCGCUCCCCAUCGAUAUAGCCAAUCUCGAGCAUCUGGCGCUCAACGACUUGAAUUCGCGAUGGAGCUCAAGCACUCAUUUCUUGCCCUGUGUCCAAGGACCAUCUCUUCGCACUCUUGCUGUUCUCGGAUACUCUCCGUUAUUGGUGGAGACCCUGCCUCUCUGGUCGCGUUGUCUCGUCUCGGUCAAACUCGCAUCUCUCAAUACCGCCGAACCACAGCCCACGCUCGCCCUUGUCUUUGAGAUUCUCGGUGAGCUUCCCCAGCUCCGAGUUCUGGAGGCGAAUGUCAACUACGACCGGACGGGUCUUGAGGGCAUGCCAGACACGGUCCGUGCUCCCUGUCUGCGCACGCUGGCUGUCUUGAACGACUCGACCAUCGCGACCGAACUGCUCGCAAGGCUUCUCACCGUGCUCGAUUGUCCGGAGCUCGUCUCGCUCACACUGCCUACCGACCGCUCUGACAUCGCGGAGAUCCCUUUCUCUGCUUUCUCAGUCCUCGGCUGUCGCUCUCCCAAGCUUCGCGAGCUGUGCACAGCACCAUGGUUUCUCCCAUCGGACCACAUGUACGGAGUCCUCAGGCUCUUCCCCCGCAUCGAGUCCCUCAUCUUUAGAUGCUGCAUCUGGGACGACGCCGACAGUCACAGCUGUGUGGUGAACGUCAUCAAUGUUCUCGGCGACGAUAUCGCAUCAGGCAGCUUCUCCUGGCCAAAUCUGCACACAGUCGUCUUGGAGGAUUGCCAGGACGUCCCUACACAUCUCUGGGUCGACUUCCUGAAGCUCAAUUCGACCGCCAAGACGUCCUUGCGUCGCUUUUCGAUGACUCUAGACUGUGAAGCACCGUGGAGAUCUCGACCUCUGGAUUUGGGGCCGUUUGUGGAUGCUGGGAUCCAGGUAGAGGUUACGUAUCUCGGCGCAUUGGGUCCCUCGCCUUUCCUCGGCGUCGAGGAAUCGACUGACUAACGGCCCUUGAAUUGGAUAACCGAGUCGUUGCCUGUUUCGCGUUGACCUACAUUGAUCAUCGUCCGGGUAUAUAUGCGUGAAUCUUGAGAGGUGGCCAUGCGGAUGGAUGCCGCAAUACUAGUUACUGAUUACUCGGAUUGCUCGGACAUCGGCAUUAAGUAUUAUCGUCUAGCUGCAUCUCGCCUCCACUUACUCCACGAAUCGAGGCCACACUUUUCGGUAGUGAUCCCUAUCUGCAGCGCAGUUGAUCGACCCAGACGCAGCACGAAUCGAUCGUGCCCUACUAUUCGUGCCUGUUAAUGCCUGCGCCGACUCGCUACAGUCCGCUCGUUUAGAGCAAUGCAUGAUUACAGCUGAAGUGUCGUAUAUGACCAUCCUGAGACCAUGAGACCCUUAAUCGUGACGUCCCAGCCGAUGACUUGGCACCUCGAAUCGGUUUCCUCCUGGCCUUCAAAUAGGUAGGUAGGCAGAUUUAUCUCACGACUCAAUCUGGCUGCAUGACAGCAGAUAUGAAGAGCUGAAAGUUUCUGUCUGUGACUCUUUGGGUCACUUGAGAAUCCAG